CAAUGGUUCUAUAAAUUCCAGUAGAAAAGCAGAGAGUAUAAUUUAUUUAUUUAACGGGACAGGAAAGGGCAAGAAAUAGACUGUUUUGUGUGAUCCUCCUGGACACGCCUCCUCCAAAGUACGAACAGAUCCCAAUUCCCAACCAUAGACUCUGCGCGAUAGUUUUAAUUUGGUCUUCUUGAUCCUUUCAUCCCUUUUGAUCGACGGAGAAAGAAAUCAAUGAUACUGUUACAGUCCCAUUCACGAUUCCUUCUUCAGACUUUGCUGAAUCGAGUACAGAAUCUUGAAAAGUCAGUUGAGCUAGACUACCACUGGGUUGAGUUUGAUGAUGUUCGUUACCAUGUUCAGGUGUCAAUGAAGAAUCCACAUAUUCUACUGCUUUCAGUAUCAUUACCUACUCCACCACUGGAAGCUGUUUUCCUUGGAGGACUUCCAUUUGGAGCCAUAGAAGCUAUAAAAGCAGCUUAUGGUGUAAUUGUGCAAAUUCUUGAUCCUCCAAGAGAUGGCUUCAAUCUCACAUUGAAACUGAAUUUGUCCAAACUUCCUCCAGAUGAAGAGUACAAACAUGCCCUUUUGGUAAAGAUUGCAUCUGUUAGGGAAGUGGUAUUAGGUGCCCCUUUAAGAGUAAUCCUAAAAUAUCUUGCUUCAAGGACUGUUGCUCCUGAUAUGGAUCAUCUUGUUGCUCUCGUGCAUCGACCAAAUGAGUCCUUUUUCCUUGUACCUCAGCAGGCAGAGAAGGUGACAGUGGUGUUUCCAAUGAGAUUCAAGGACUCAAUAGACACUGUUUUGGCAACCUCCUUCCUGCAGGAAUUCGUGGAAUCAAGGCGUACAGCUGGGCUGAGUAAUGCACCUCCUUGUUUGUGGUCUCAUUCUCCUCCACUGGAACUGAAGGGAGCAACUGAUGAUGCAUUAUCAGCAAAUGCAGGAUUUGUUACUUUUGUUAUUUUCCCUCGUCAUGUGGAAGGCAAAAAAUUGGACCGUACUGUGUGGAAUUUAUCAACAUUUCAUGCAUAUGUGAAUUAUCAUGUUAAGUGCUCAGAGGGGUUUAUGCACACCAGGAUGCGGAGGCGUGUGGAGUCACUAAUUCAGGCUCUCAAUCGUGCCAAACCAGAUCAGGAGAAGACCAAGAAAACAGCACAUACAAGAUCUUUCAAACGUCUGAGCCUCAAGGACAGUUGCACCAAUUCAAGUUCAUAAAUGUACUGUUGAUAUGCUCUUGUCGUACCUUCAAGAGUACUUUGCCCAGGGCUUUGCUUGCAUAAAUAUGGGGAUUGAUUGCUGCAGGUGCUUCUAUUCUAAAACUUUUAUCUAGGCAAAACAAACAUUUUUUAUCUGGUCAUAUGUACAAUUUGGUCGUUGCCAUCUUGACUGAACUAACAAAUGUAUCAUUAAGUCAUUUAAGACAUCUCUGCAGCUUUGUUUUUGCUAGAUUUUUUUCCAGACAUGUCAAAGUUACUAUAGCGAAGAGUGGGUUAUCAAUUGAGAUUUUAAGUUGUUGAGACCCAACAGUAUUUAUUGGAAUCAUGGUUUUUGGAGAAAA